CCCCGUCCCGGCCCGUCCCGCCCGGGCCGCGGGAGGGAGACCACCGCCAGCAAAUUACUGUGCCGCCGCGCCCCGGCCGCCGGGCUCUGCGCGUGUUUUGGUUGGGCUCCUUCCCCCCCCCCCCCCCCCCCCCCCCCCCCCCCCCCCCUUUUUUUUUUUUUUUUUUUUUUUUUUUUUCAGUUAACGUUUAAAUACUUUUUUUUUUUCACCUCCUUUUCGCGUGGUGGUGGGUUCUUCUCUCUUCUGCUCCGUUCACCUGCGAUCAGCGGAUGCAAGUCACACACGCUCUCUCCCCUCCCUCCCUCUCUCUCUCCAAGUUAGCAGCAAAGAACAAAAAAAAAUAGCUCCGUUAAGGAUAAGAGCGGGAGCGGAGGGGUGUGCGCGCGUCUGCCGGGGAGCGCCGGCGAGCGGAGGACACCGCCGACGGCUCCGCACACUCCUCCCGCCGCGCCAAGUGAAGCAGCAAGUUUGCCGUGCACCUGUUUGAGCAGCUCGAACCCCCGUCGCCGCCGAGCCCCGAAAGUGAUUUGCAAAAGGGAGAAAGUUUUUCGCCAGCAGGGUCGGCGAUCGCCCUCCUCGCGGUUUUCUUCUCCUCUUUUUUUUUUUUUUUUUUUCCCCUUUCUUUUUUUUUUUUUUUCCACGGCCGUCGCUACCUAGAUACGAACGGGUUUCGCCUCGCUCGCUCCCCGUCCGCCCGGGCUCCUCUAUGUUUGAUUCAUUUUUCACAUCUGGCGCCGGUGGAAAAUAAAAAAGCUACUUGAAUGUACAGCAUGAUGAUGGAGACGGACUUGCACUCCCCCGGCGGAGCCCAGGCCCCCACGAACCUCUCGGGGCAGACCGGAGCGGGAGGCGGUGGAGGAGGCGGCGGCGGCGGCGGCGGGGGGAACAAAGCGAACCAGGACCGGGUCAAGAGACCCAUGAACGCCUUCAUGGUGUGGUCGCGGGGCCAGCGGCGGAAGAUGGCCCAGGAGAACCCCAAAAUGCACAACUCGGAGAUCAGCAAGCGCCUGGGGGCCGAGUGGAAAGUCAUGUCGGAGGCCGAGAAGAGACCGUUCAUCGACGAGGCGAAGCGGCUGCGGGCGCUGCACAUGAAGGAGCACCCGGAUUAUAAAUACCGGCCCCGGCGGAAGACCAAGACCCUGCUCAAGAAGGACAAGUACUCUCUGGCCGGGGGACUGCUGAGCGCCGGCUCGGCCGGGGGAGGCCCGGCCGGUGUCGGCGUGGGCAUGGGCGUCGGCGUCAGCCCGGGCGGCGUCGGGCAGCGGCUGGAGAGCCCCGGCGGCACGGCCAGCGGCGGCUACGCGCACAUGAACGGCUGGGCCAACGGCGCCUACCCGGGCUCGGUGGCGGCGGCGGCGGCGGCGGCGGCGAUGAUGCAGGAGGCGCAGCUCGCCUACAGCCAGCACCCGGGCAGCGGGGGGCACCCGCACCACCCGCACCCCCAUCACCCGCACCACCCUCACAACCCGCAGCCCAUGCACCGCUACGACAUGGGCGCCCUGCAGUACAGCCCCAUCUCCAACUCGCAGGGCUACAUGAGCGCCUCGCCCUCGGGCUACGGCGCCCUGCCCUACGGCUCCCAGCCCCACCAGAACUCGGCGGCGGCAGCGGCGGCAGCGGCAGCGGCGGCGGCCGCCUCCUCGGGGGCGCUGGGCGCCCUGGGCUCGCUGGUGAAGUCGGAACCCAGCGUGAGCCCUCCCGUCACUUCGCACUCGCGGGCCCCGUGCCCCGGGGACCUGCGGGAGAUGAUCAGCAUGUACUUACCGGCCGGGGAAGGCGGUGAUCCGGCAGCAGCAGCCGCCCAGAGCCGGCUCCACUCCCUGCCCCAGCACUACCAGAGCGCCAGCACGGGGGUGAACGGCACCGUCCCCUUGACGCAUAUCUGAACCCCCGCCGGCACCGGAGCGGCGGAGACAGGCUCGAGUGGGAGCACCGGCUCGGCCCCUGGCCCGGGCCUCGGCCCCGGCCCCGGCCCCGGGCCGUCCCGCUGGACUGCGCGCCCCGCCGCUGCCACCGCACGCUCAGCCCCGGCCGCCCGCCCGCGUCCCGGCCCCGCGCCGCUCCUGCCCCGCUCCCAGGUUCCCCCCUCUUAUUUUUGCCUCUCGCGCCCCUUCCCUCCCGCCCUCCCCCCCCCUUCUUUUUUUCUUUCUUCCUUCCUUCC